AUGGUUAACUUACUAAAACGCAUGGCCAAGCUUAACUCUUUACUCGGCAUAAGAUUAGGACCCGGCGCAGCGAUUCUCCCACCAGAAGUUACCAGAAUACAUAUGGACUUUGCUUUUGGACUGAAUGGACAUCUCGGACCAAAGAAAUUCUGGCGCAACUGCCUUCCCCGCCUCAAAUACCACAACCCCGCCGUUCCCAUGACCGUCAAACGCAGCCAAGACACCUCCCUCCCCGCAACCCUAACCAUCCACUUCACCGACGCCUCCCACGCCUCCUCUCCACCCCCCAUAAACAGCACCGCCUCCAAUCCUGCUGCCCCUUCCACCCCAGGCGCUCCCACAGCCUACACGAAAACCAUCGAAUGCAAGCACCGCGACGAGAACGCCAUCCUCUUUGAUCUGAUGGAAUUAACCAAGGCCAAGAAAGUCCUACCUACCGCAGCCGAGAAACAAAUGUUGAAGGAUUUGGCGGCGAAGAAAUUGAAGAGUCAACAGGAUUCGCUGUUGAGUGCGGCUGUCAAUGAAAAGAUUCGGGCUGAGAAGGCGAUUUUGGAUCAGGCGAGAGGUGAGGUCGCUGCUGCUUCUGCCGAUAAUUAG